UAUGGCCAUCUAGCCACCCACCGUCCGGUCAGUUCAGUGAAGCUCACUUAUAACCCGCCCCGCGACAGCCCGCGUCGCCACCCAUUCAACCGGCUUCAGCUUUCAACGUACCGUAGACCAUGUCCGCAGCACCAGCCGCCGCCGCCGCAGCGGUCCUCACCUCCGCAGUUGAGCCCGCAGACCAGGAACCUACCAUCAACAACAACACCACCGCCGCCGCCGCCGACCCCGACGCGGACCCCGCACCCUCCCCGCCUGCAACAACAAGCAACAGCACCACAACCAGAAAGCGGAAACACACACCCGCCGCCUCUGGCUCCGGGGUACCAUCCACGCCCACCCCCGCCGAAUUCGUGGGCCGCACGGUCUGGAGUAAACUGGACACACCGCUCCAUGGCGCCAUAGCGCGGAUCACCAAGCGCUACCAAAAGCGGAUCCAACGGGGCACGCGCAACCUCCCAGCGGAACGCGCAUCCCUCGUCAAGGCGCAGAACUAUGCGCGGCGCAACGGCGAGAUCGCCGAGUUCCUGCGGGGCUAUGGAAUAGCGGUCGAGAAUCCUUCUCCGCCGCUGUCACCGGCGGCGGACGACGACGAGGAUGAGGCGUCGCCUGCGGUCUCGCCGGUGCCGGAGAGACGGGAGAGUGGCAGGGGGAAGGGGAAGGAACUGCUGCGGGAGGGGGGGAAGACGAGGGAGGAGAAGACUAGGAAGCCGUCGGUGUUGGUGGAGACCCUGGAGGCGUCCCGGACGGCCGCAGUAAGUGCGAGGAAUACGCUUACUGCAUUGCGGUAUGUAGCUUCGCAUUGUGCAGACAGUGAGGGUGCAGUAGAGGCACAGAUUGCUAUGGUCGAGAAUUUUGCGAUUGCUGCUGAGAGGUAUGUGGGUGUUUUGAUGGGGCAGAUGCAGGCCAGUGCGGAUGGUAUCAGCGGAGAGAAUGCGGCAGCCGUGGGUGUUGGGGAUGGUUGAUGGACAUGUGUAUCAUUUCGCUCAGAUGUGGGUAGCUUCAUAUUGCACCCUCUUGUGGCGGUAGGCCAGUUGUAUUUUUUUGUAGUGCGUUGGUAGGAUACUCAUGCAAUAUCACUCGCCUUACCGAAUGCUUUUCCUUUUGGUGUGGAGUUGCGGAUGGAUUUCAUUAUAGCA